UUUGCCAACUGAGACCCAAGACAAACCCGAGUGGGCAAAUCUGAUCCGCUGAGCGUGAAGUGAACGGUCAUUCCUCGGGCAGAGCUGAGAUCAGAUCAGAUCACGGGGCGUGGGCUCGGACGGAGCCCCGGCGGAAAGAUCUUUUUUUCUACAUUUAUAUCAAAUUCACAUUAAGUAUAUAUCAGGACACUUAAUUAAAAUGAAUCGUGGAUCGGGAAAGUCGAGUGAUGAGACGCUUAUAGAAAUGAACCGAACUGCUUGGUCCGGCGGCGAAGAAAACAAUGGCUUCCAUACCAGUUCGGAUAAGGAGUCGUUUCAACUUGAAAAUGCAGCGUCAAUGGUGAGUGUUGUCUCUGAAUGCACAAGCUCUGUGUCUGUUUGCUCGAGUCAUUCUUCAGUGAUUGAAUGUGAACAGUGUGAGAGAGAACACACUGAACCACAGCAGCACCUCACCAGCUUUAUGGGGAUCUGGAGAAAGAGAGCUUUAUUUCUGAAGUAUCGCUCCAGGGUGGAUAAGCAGCAGCAGAGUAAGGAUUCUGUGUACUUCAGAGAUGGCGUACGGAGGAUCGAUUUCGUUCUGUCUUACAUCGAUGACAAGGAUGGAGAAAAGAAACAGGAUCGAAGGAAGGUGUUUGAGGCUAACUUACAGAAAGCCGGACUUGACCUGGAGACUGAGGACAAAUCUGAGUCGGAAGAUGGAAAGACAUACUUCCUGAAGAUCCACGUGCCAUGGGAAGUGCUGGCAACAUAUGCAGAUGUUCUGAAAAUCAAAGUGCCUUUUAAAGCCAAUGAUAUUCCAGCUAAAAGUGAAGUGCCCAUGAGCUGGCUCUUUACACCCUACCGUCUGCCCGAUCAUGUGAUGCAUCCUGAGCCGGAUUACUUCACCUACACGUUUGACAAGAGCAAGAUUGACUUCUUCCUCAUCGAGGAUAAAGAAACCUUCUUUCCUCCGUCCACGCGGAACAGAAUUGUAUAUUACCUCCUUUCCCGAAUUCCGUACAGUAAAGAAGACAAGGAUAAAAAGGGCAUCAAGAGGCUGCUGAACAAUGGGACCUACACAGCUGCCUUCCCUCUGCAUGACUGUAGGUACUGGACCCGGUCUCGUGAUGCUAACUGUGAGAGCGAACGCUACUCCCUGUAUAAACACUGGGCCCGUUUCAGCCGCUUUUACAAGGAGCAGCCGCUCAACCUCAUUCGGAAGUACUAUGGAGAGAAGAUCGGCAUCUACUUCGCUUGGCUGGGUUUCUACACAGAGAUGCUGUCUUAUGCUGCUGUUGUGGGUCUACUCUGCUUCAUCUAUGGUGUGGCCACCUUUGACAACAACGUCUGGAGUAAAGAGAUCUGUAAUGAAACCAUUGGUGGGCAGAUUGUCAUGUGUCCUCUCUGUGAUAAGAAAUGUGGCUACUGGAAGCUCAGCACAACCUGUAGCUCUUCAUGGCAAUCGUACCUGUUUGACAACACAGCCACGGUGUUCUUUGCGAUAUUCAUGGGAAUAUGGGUGACUCUGUUCCUGGAGUUCUGGAAGCGGCGUCAGGCCCGACUGGAAUACGAGUGGGAUCUGGUUGACUUUGAGGAAGAGCAACAACAGCUGCAGCUCAGACCCGAGUACGAGAUCAAGUGCACCAGUCGCCGGGUCAACCCCAUUACACAAGAACAGGAGUGGGUUCUAGACCAGACACCAGCUGAUAAAACAGGCAGGUUUAUCCUGUGCUGGACCACUGUUGUCUUGUGGAUCUGUCUGAUUAUCGCCAGUAUAAUCGGUGUGAUAGCGUACCGUCUGGCAGUUUUCGCAGCAUUUGCCAGCAUCAUGAAAGACAGCCCAACCAAUAAACUGGAUGUGGUUGGAAGCCUCAUCACACCCCAGUUUGCCACAUCUGUCACUGCUUCCUGCAUCAACUUUGUCAUCAUCAUGAUUCUGAACUUCCUGUAUGAGCGUGUAGCCAUUAAGAUCACUGAUAUGGAGGUUCCUAAAACCCAUGUGGAGUAUGAGAACAAGCUGACAGUGAAGAUGUUCCUCUUCCAGUUUGUCAACUACUAUUCAUCCUGCUUCUACGUCGCCUUUUUCAAGGGCAAAUUUGUGGGUUACCCUGGCAAAUAUGCCUACAUGUUCGGCGAAUGGAGUGGGUUGAGAAAUGAAGAGUGCGAGCCAGGCGGCUGUUUGAUUGAGUUAACCACUCAGUUAGUGAUAGUGAUGGUGGGUAAACAGGUUUGGGGGAACAUACAGGAAGCGCUCGUCCCCUGGUUGCGUAACUGGUGGGUGAGCAGAAGUGCUCGGAAUCAUCCGGAGAGUCUGUAUAGUCGCUGGGAGCAGGAUCAUGACCUCCAGAGCUUCAGUCAGCUUGGCCUCUUCUAUGAGUACCUGGAGAUGGUUGUUCAGUUUGGCUUCAUCACCCUGUUUGUGGCCUCUUUCCCGCUGGCUCCUCUGCUGGCUCUGAUGAAUAAUAUCUUGGAAGUGCGAGUGGAUGCCUGGAAAUUCACUACUCAGUUCCGCAGGCCCGUGGCAGCCAAAGCGCACAGCAUUGGUGCAUGGGAGGAGAUCCUUAACAUGAUCGCUGUUUUCUCAGUGGUCACCAAUGCUUUUAUUGUCUCAUUCACGUCGGACAUGAUCCCUCGGCUGGUGUAUCUGUAUGUGUAUCACCCGGGUGCUGAGAAGAGUAUGGAAGGAUACAUCAGCAACAGCCUUUCAGUCUUCAACAUCUCUGAGAUUCCACCUGCAAACCGUCCAGAGGACGGCGAGAACCCAGACUGGUUUGACAGCUCCAACUUCACCACCUGCAGCUACCGCGACUACCGCUACCCACCAGGACACGAGAAACAGUACCAACAUAACAUGCAGUUCUGGCACAUUCUAGCUGCCAAACUGGCGUUUAUCAUCAUUAUGGAGCAUGUGGUGUUUGUGGUGAAGUUCUUUGUGGCGUGGUUGAUCCCCGACGUGCCGUCAGACGUGAAAGCUCGUGUAAAGCGUGAGCGCUACCUCAUCCAGGAGUACCUGCACGACUAUGAGCUGGAAAAGCUCAAAAUCCAGCUUAGCCAGAACGGCCAGAACAUUGACCAGUGCACAUGUCCGACCACAGCCUCCUCGCCUAUGAACGUCGAGGUGGUAUCAGACUGUCUGACCUAACACAGGCCUAUCUGACCUCACUAGCACCUGAAAGCCAAUGAGAGAGGCUUACACUUAGCCCGUGUGACAAACCAGUCCUCUCUCUUUCAACACAAAAUCAUACGCCACUAGUUCCUAAUAUCUCAUGUUUUUUGUGUUGGAUAAUCUUUUCACACCACAUUCAUUGUUUGGGGUAUUCCUUGACAAAUCACUCCCAUAUUUUGUCUCCCUCAUUGUCAGCCAUGUGAUACCUACGUAAAGGAAGCAUCUAUUAGAUCUGAGUUUGUAUGAUAGAAUAAGAGAUUCAAAGUAAAAAUCUUAUAAAUCUAUUUAUGUGCAGUACACAUCUAAAGCCACAUGAGUUCAGCUGUAACUCAUUUUCUGUCUAUGCAGAAUGACACUUGUCAAGAACAAUCAAGUCUUCUCUCUCCUUCCACAUCCUUGUUCUCUGUUGAUGUUGCCAAUGUCUUCUGUAAGACACUACAAACCUACAGUACAGGCUGUUUAUGUUCUUUAAGAAACACUGUGUGAAAAUCAGGCAGCUGAAGCGUCAGUCAAAAACGUCAUGGUAGCAAACCAAUGUAAACCAGACAUUUUCUUGACAGGUUUGUGUGUUUCACUCUGAAUUACAACAAGAGCGUCUCCUUCACACAGCGUCGGAACACAAGUACUCAGCGACGAUUAUGACGUUAUUGUUUAGAAUGCCUUUAAGCUACCAAAGAUAAAAUGCCUUAAAAUCAUAGUCAUAUGCAUGGAUAUUUAAAAUGAGACUUUAAUAUCAAACACUUCUAUUUACUUUAUGUUCAGAAAUUCAUAAUAUCUAAAAAGGGUUUUCAGGAAAAUUGUAAUUUUAUGUAAGUUGUUUCUUAUUAUGUACUAGUGUUUUUGUUUCGUUUAAAGUGUAUUUUCUUUUAUGAUUAAAAUUUAAGACAAAAACUGGCACUCAAAUCAUUUAGCAGUAUUAUUUCAUAGAUUGCAGCAGCACCAAUACUCAUAUAUAUAUAUAUAUGCACACUACACAGUGCUGUUUGGGUGAUGGUGUUUAAUUUUCACUCACGCUAUUUAUGAAGCAGUUGUCACUCUGUUCAUAUAAGAUAAUCUGCACUUUAAAGUUUUACAGUGAUGUGCAGGAAAUCUUCUCAAAGCCAAAGUUGCUCCUGUGAUUUAAAUGGCCAUGUUAGAAAGCUAAUAUCUUUUUAAUGUGCCUUUGUUUGUCCAAAUAUAAAAUCCAUGCUGAGUGAUUGUUUGUACUUCCUUUCCAAUUAAUUUACUGUUUUGUCGAGGUCUGAGAAGGACAGUCACUUUGAUUUUAUGUUUUGCACAAAGCACUUAUUGAGAAGUAAUUGAUCUCAGUGUUAUGGACAAAGAAAACUUGUGAAUCUCCAUAAUUAUGAAACGAUCAUAUGGCGUUGGACUAAAAGCUUCAGAAACUUCAAAUCAAAUGGUUGUAAUGAGGACCAUGGAGAGUUGACAAUUUGACAUGUAUAUAUGCUAAUGAUGAUGGAAAGUCAUAGCAUGUGCAUUUUGCUGUUAUUUGUGACUUGAAUAUUUAAGAUGGAAAUUAUGAUAUUUUUGUUGAAAGUCGCUGGUUCUGUUAUGAAGAAUUUGAUCAUUGUUUUAUCAUUUGAAGAACUGUUAUUCAUGCCUUUUGGAUAUUUCACUGUUGAUUUAUGUAGCUAACUAUGUGCAAGCUGUGCUACAAGAUGAAAAGCCAUUUAUCAUAAAACAUCACCUGGGCUUUUUAGAGUUUCAGCUAGAUGUUGAAGUUCUAGAGUGGUUCUGGGUGAUCAAAAUGAUCAACAUUUAUGCCUUAAACUUUAUCUGUGUUUUUCUUGAUGAUUACUGUUUUAAGUUGAUUUUAUGCAUGUUAUUUUGGAGGUGGAUAUGAAUCUGAGUGUUUUUCUCUACUGCUAAUGUACCAGAAAUGUAGUCAAUUUUUCAUACUUUAAGCAAUCCAUUGUCACCCAAAUAAAAUAUUGAAUCCACAAA